AUGUCAACCAAAGCCAGGCGACCAAAAGUCUUUGCAUAUGCCACUUUUGACCUUGACGCUCUUAUUUCUCUCGCCUCAAAACUUCGAGGGCAAUCAUGCACUGUUGAUACGUCGACGAGGCCUAAAGCUGGUAGUACACACUGGGUCAUUUUUAUCACUUUUGAGGAUGGUGUCGAAUGGGUAUUCCGAUCGCCACGGAGAGGACUGAGCGCCAUUAUCACCGAAGAAUCUGCGUCGAAGUUACUCACUAGCGAGGCUGUAACUCUCAAGUAUCUGAGGACACUGGGUUCGAUGCCGGUACCAGAAGUGUUCUCGUUCAGUGGAGACGGUGACAAUGACAUCGGAGUGCCGUAUAUCCUCAUGAGCAAAGCUAGCGGUCGUACAUUGUCUGAUUAUGACUGGAUCGAGCUGUCUCAAAUACAAGGGUAUCCAAACAGACGUCCACUUCUACCCACGACGGACCGAGAUCGGGAAAAGCACAGAGAUGAGCUCGUAGGCAUCGACCGUGGCCCUUUUGAUCGGGAAAGCCAGUAUCUCAGGUCCCUGAUUUCUGCCCUUACAACUCAUGCUGAAGAGCUUUCUCUCACGCCCCAUAGUUUCUUCGCUCCGAUACCCGGCCCUUUCGAAUAUCCGAACUGGACCAGUUAUCAAAAGGCUGUAGACAGAUGGCAACAUUUCUGUUCCAUUGAUGACAAGGUUGAGGGUAACAAGAACCGACUUGACUUCUGUAUUUCAGGCCAAUUCUUGGACGAAAUAAUUCCUCACCUUGUCACGACAGAAGAACGGUUUGUACUCUGUCACCCAGACCUUCAUCGAGGCAACAUCUUUGUCGACGAGGACUUUAACAUAACGUGUAUCAUCGACUGGAGUUCUGCGUCGGCGAGCCCAACCUCAGAACUACUCUCCACUCCGGGACUCAAUGGGUCUCUGUCACCGCCUAAGCCGUCACUUAUUGCAGCUUUCAGAGCGGGAUUCCGCGAUGGGGACCAAGUGCUGAGGCCUCAGCAAUGGGCGAGAGCUGACAAGAUGUGGUAUUUCUUGCGGCUGGUCCGAAUGCUCUCUACACAAGACUACACUCUCUUUAAGUCGCUGUAUGAUCUUGUGUACAAUGAGAACUCAGAUGAUAUCCCUCGACAGUUUCAUGAGAGGAGUAUGCAAGAUUCUGGCCGGGCUUUAUUCGCCAAGUUGUGCCAAGAAGGUGAAUCUGGAGAAGGAGACGAACCAACACAAGAAGAGGAUGCCAAUGGCCAAACAACUGUUUCUGUCGAAGCCGUGAUUGCAAGAAAGCUUACACUGAUGUCUGAAUUGAACACCAACUUUGUCGCGGACAAGAGACUAUGGCUAUGGAUUGAGAACGUCUUGGAAACUCCGGAUGUAUAA